CAUGCUCCUGCUCUCCUCUGGGGACGGUGGGACGUCAGACGUCCUGCUCUCAGGUCACCGGUCAGUGUCAGUGUCUCCCUAACGUGGCGGAGCGUGACUGCAGUGCCUGUGAGCCCGGCUUCUUCAACCUGCAGAGCGCCAACGGCUGCGAACGGUGCAACUGCAACCCGAUUGGCUCCACCAACGGGCAGUGUGACAUCACCACGGGACAGUGCGAGUGCCAGCCCGGCGUCACGGGGCUGCACUGCGAGCGCUGCGAGGGCAACUUCUUCGGCUUCAGCUCGUCGGGAUGCAAACCCUGUGACUGUGACCCUGAGGGCUCUCAGUCGGGUCAGUGUAAGGAGGACGGGCGCUGCGAGUGUCGUCCCGGCUUCGUGGGUGCGCGCUGCGACAUGUGCGAGGAGAACUACUUUUACAACCGCUCGGCUCCGGGCUGCCAGCAGUGUCCGUCCUGCUACAGCCUGGUCAGGGACAAGGUGAACCAGCAGAGGCAGAAGCUGCACGACCUGCAGACGCUGAUCGAUAACCUCGGCUCGGGGCAGGACACCGUCAGCGACAAGGCCUUCGAGGACCGUCUGCAGGAGGCCGAGAGAGCCAUCAUGGAGCUGCUGGAGGAGGCGCAGAGCAGCAAAGACGUGGACCGCGGUCUGCUGGACCGCCUCAACAACAUCAACGGCACGCUGACCACGCAGUGGAACCGGCUGCAGAACAUCCGCAACACGGUGGACGACACCGGCACGCAGGCCGACCGUGCCCGCCACCGAGUCCGAGACGCCGAGAACCUGAUCGACCGCGCGCAGCAGGAGCUGGACAAGGCCAAGGACGCCAUCAGCAAAGUGGACAUCAAACCCCCGAGCGGCACCGGAGACCCCAACAACAUGACGCUGCUCGCCGAGGAGGCGCGGACGCUGGCGGACAAGCACAAGAUGGACGCCGACCAGAUCGAGAAGAUUGCCAAAGACGCCAACGACACGUCGACCAAAGCGUACAACCUGCUGCUGAAGACUCUGGAUGGGGAAGGCCGCACGAGUCAGGAGAUCGACGAGCUCAACAAGAAGUACAACGAGGCCAAGGAGCUCGCCAAGAGCCUGGAGAAACAGGCCAACAAGGUGCAGGCCGAGGCCGAGGACGCCGGGAACAAGGCCCUGAAGAUCUUCGCCAACCUGACGAGCAUCCCGCCGCUGGACACCAAAGCUCUAGAGGACGAAGCCAGUAAGAUCAAGAAGGAGGCGUCAGAUCUCGACAAGCUCAUUGACAAGACGGAGAAGGAGUACAACGACCUGAGAGACGACCUGAAGGGCAAAGAGCAGGAAGUGCGCAAACUGCUGGAGAAAGGCAGGAGUGAGCAGCAG